AUGAUUGGUGGCACAUGCAGAUAUGUAAUCCUAGCAUUUGGAGGCUGGAGGACUAAGAGCUCAAGGACUGGGGUGGGACCGGAGACCCCGCCCCUCCCGGCUUGUCCCCGCCCCCAGCCCGCCAGUCCCAGCACGGGAGCCCAGAGCUUUUGCGCUACAAUCCAGGCGAGAGCAGGUGGCCACCGCCGGCUCCAUCUCUUUCCUGCAGAAUCAUUGAAGCCUAAGCGGGAAAGAAAACGAUCCUCCUACACGCUGCUCUGCGAUGUCUGCAACGUCCAGCUGAACUCUGCUGCCCAGGCCCAGGUGCAUUGUGCGGGACGCGCCCACCAGCGAAGGCUUCGGCAGCUCAGCCUGGGCAAGACCUCCAAGGAGCCAGCAGGCCGGGCCUCCAGCGCCCCCAGCCCCUUGCUGGACUCCCUGACCCUGCCCACCCGGCCUCUGCAACCCCCGCUGGACUUGAAGCAUUUGGUGGCCUUCCACCCCAAUGGCGCCGCCCCGCUCAGUCUCUUCGCCAACUUCAGCAAGAUGGACCCAGUCCAGAAAGCUGUCAUCAGCCACACGUUUGGAGUCCCCUCCCCUCUGAAGAAGAAGCUGACCAUCUCCUGUAACAUCUGUCAUCUGCGGUUCAACUCAGCGAACCAGGCUGAAGCUCAUUACAAGGGCCGUAGACACGCCAGAAAACUCAAGGCUGUGGAAGCUGCCAAGAGCAAGCAGAGGCCUAAAAACCUGACCCCAAGUGAGACAGCGGUGUCUUCAGCCUCACCUCCAGCCAGUGGAAGCCCUGGAACCCCUCAAACCAAAGAUCCUGCAUCCCCUCCUCUCGGCCCUUCACUUCAACUACCACCGACCCCGGACCCAUCAGUCGGAGACCCCGCCCACUCAGAACUUUCCGAAGCUGCUGCUUCCUCUUCCUCCUCUUCUUGCCCACCCUGCUCCCCUGAUCCUAGCAGGGAAGCCCCGGAGCCUGAGCCAGCAGAAGGGGCCAUGGGAAGCAGAGUGAAUGGGGAAGGCAGGGGCGAGAAGGGACGCCUCUACUGCCCUACCUGUAAAGUGACAGUGAACUCCGCCUCUCAGCUUCAGACUCACAACACAGGAGCUAAGCACAGACGGAUGGUGGAGGGUCAUCAAGGGGCUCCCCGAAGAGGCAGGGGCCGUCCUGUGUCCGGAGGAGGGACUGGACACAAGACAAAGAGAGUGAUAGGAAAUCCUGGAGGCCCGCAGGGACCCAGCCCUCCUUUCCACUGUGCCCUCUGUCAGCUCCAUGUCAACUCAGAGACCCAGCUCAAGCAGCACAUGAGCAGCCGGAGGCACAAAGACCGGCUGGCUGGGAAGCCCCCCAAGUCGUCUAGCCAGCACAGCAAGCUGCAGAAGCACACAGCACUUCUCCAGAAGCAACUCACCAAGACGCUGGCAGCCCGCUUCCUGACCGGUCUGUUGCCCACCACAACUGCGGCCAUCUGUUCCCUGCCAGGGCCCCUGACUCUCCAGCCUGCAGCGACAGCAGCUGCUACCCUCUUCCCAGCUCCUGUCCUGGGCCCAGCUCUAUAUUUCCAGUGGGACAGAAAAGGGGUAGAGGACGGGAAGCUUUUUGAUAACAGCAGUUGUGGUUUUAUUGUGUCCAAUACACCAAUAAAUGAACUUCAAGCCUGA